CUUAUGGCCAGAUUUUCCCUAGAACUUACCAUUUUAUAGCACUGUUCAGACUAUACUCUCACUGAUUUCAGUUGCAGCUCUGAGGGCUUAGCACUUCUGCAGCUCAGACCCCUUCUGUUUCAAUGUUCCUAUAACCUUUUUCUGAAAUGCCCAUGAUAUGUUUGUCAGACUUUGAAGCUUAUGCUAAGAAGCAUCUGCCCAAGAGCACAUGGGACUUUUUUGCAGGUGGAGCUGAUGAGUGUUGCACCCGAGAUGACAACCUCCUGGCAUAUAAGAGAAUCCACUUCCGGCCACGCAUGUUGCGGGGUAUGUCUGUGAUAGACACUAGGACUAUGCUUCUAGGUACUGAAAUCAGCUUCCCUGUGGGGAUUGCCCCCACUUCGUUCCACCGGCUGGCUUGGCCUGAUGGAGAGAAGAGCACAGCAAGAGCUGCUGAAGCCAUGAACACCUGUUACAUCACCAGCACAUUCUCCACCUGCGCCGUGGAGGAGAUUGCUGCAGCCGCACCCAAUGGCUUCCGAUGGUUCCAGCUGUACAUUCAUUGCAACAGGGCACUCUCAGAGGGGCUGGUCCGACGUGUAGAAGCCGCGGGUUUUCAAGGCCUGGUGCUCACUGCCGAUCUUCCCUACACUGGGAAGAGACGAGACGACAUCCGCAACAACUUCCAGCUCCCACCACACAUGACAGUGAAGAACUUUGAAGGAGUCUUUGAGGAAGAGAGUUGUUCUGUGUAUGGCCUCCCGUCUAAUUCCAUAGACCCUUCUAUAAACUGGAAUGACAUCUAUUGGCUGCAGAGCCUGACUCGCUUGCCUAUCAUUGUCAAGGGAAUUUUGACUAAGGAAGAUGCAGAUCUGGCAGUGAGACAUGGAGUUAAGGGGAUUAUCGUAUCCAACCAUGGUGGAAGGCAGCUGGAUGGAGGACCUGCCACUAUUGAUGCUCUGAUUGAAAUUGUAGACACAGUGCAAGGUAGAGCUGAAGUUUAUUUGGACGGUGGAAUACGAACAGGAAGUGAUGUAUUAAAGGCACUGGCACUCGGAGCAAAAUGUGUCUUCCUUGGAAGGCCAGCUUUAUGGGGUCUGACCUACAAGGGCGAAGAAGGGCUUCGAGAAGUUUUGCAGAUUUUACAUGAUGAAUUUCGUUUGUCAAUGGCCCUGGCUGGCUGUCACAAUGUCUCAGGAAUCGGCCGAAACCUGGUUCAGUUCUCCAAGUUGUAAAUGGCUCAAGCAAUGCCUACUAACCAGAUAAAUGGAAGCAGCUCCUGAUAACUAUCAAAGCUUUGAGUGUCCUCCGUAACAGACUCCCAGCUGUUCCACUGUCCCCCAACAAGCACCCCAGUUCCCCUUAAGCUGUUGAAUUCCACCCCCUAUGCUACAGGAUUAUUCCGAUUUUACAGAAACCGGUUAUUUAAAACAGAUUGUAUAAAGUCGAGU